AUGUAUCCUGUCUUUGCGAGAGCGCAGGAUCCGAACGCAUUUGAUUGGGAUUCGAUCGCGCCGAGUACAACUCUCAAUUGGGUUUCCUGCUACAGCGAAGCGACGCAAUGCACUCGCCUAAGCGUGCCAUUUAACUAUUCCGACCCUGGUGCAGGCUCUGCCGCCAUAGCUCUGCUCCGUAUCCCAUCUCCUCUCGGACUGGCCGGCUCGCCUUCCUAUCGCGGACCUGUCCUCAUCAAUCCUGGAGGACCAGGGGGAAGCGGUGUCGAGUAUGCACUCUCCUCUGUCGGAAGUGAUAUAGCCUCCGUCAUUGGCGAAGAAUUCGACGUGAUCGGGUUCGAUCCCAGAGGUGUCGCCAACUCGACCCCGCGUAUAUUGUCGAUCUUCAACAGCGACGUGGAACGCGCCGAAUUUGGCCUCGGGUAUAACGAUUGGGAUAUGGAGGUUUCCUCUUUACCUACGCUGCCCGGGCGAUGGGCACGGAUGCAAGUCUUCGGCAGGCUCGCCCAGGGUAGAGACAACGGGUUCUUAUCCCAUGUCACGACGGAUAAUGUGGCACGGGAUAUGAUGAGUAUCGUCAAGGCUCAUGGGCGGGAGAAGCUGCAGUACUGGGGUUUUUCAUACGGGACCGUUCUUGGAGCGACUUUUGCUGCUCUUUUCCCGGACAAUAUUGAACGUGCAAUUCUCGACGGCGUGUUAUAUUUCGAUGGGUAUUAUGCUACUGACAGGAUCAACGACAUCGUCGACGCCGACAAGACCCUCCAAACGUUCUUCGACGCAUGUGCUGCCGCGGGCCCAGAUUCAUGCGCGUUCCACUCUCCUCAACCCAGUGCUAUCAAACAACGUCUCAAUGCCUUGUACGAGCGUGUCCUUCGCCAACCUGUUCCUGCCUAUUCAUCCUCCUUUCCUCAAUACGGAGUCCUCGAUUACGCCCUGCUGAAGAGCACCAUUUUCUCCAUGCUUUACGCGCCGUACCUAGCCUUCCCUAUCCUUGCCCAAGGUUUGAAAUUAUUGGAGGACGGAGAUGCAAGCCUUCUGUACCAGCUCGCGACGCCGCGAGGGGGUGAAGUUACAGCUGUAGUUAAUUGUGCUGAUGGAACGCCUGUUUCGGAUAGCCCAGCUGCGUUGGCCGAAUAUGCGAAACAGGCCAGCAUGAAGUCGAGCUUCGGGAGCCAGGUUGCAGCUGUGCGCCUGUUGUGCUCUGGUUGGAAGAUUCAUCCCAAUAGUUUCAAAGGACCCAUUACCGCUAAUACGAGCUACCCGCUCCUUAUCAUUGGAAAUACGUUGGAUCCCAUCACUCCUCUUGCAGCCGCGAAGGAAGCCGUCAAGGCAUUCCCCGGAUCCGUCCUCCUAACCCAAGACUCUCCUGGACAUGCUUCGGUUACGACCCCAUCUGAAUGCACCUACCGUCAUGUCCGAAACUAUUUCCUGAACGGCACACUCCCGAUUGUGGGCACGAUUUGCAAUGUGACGACGCCUCUUUUCCCGCCAAGGUCAGCCAACGGAAAUGAUUCAACUUCCGUUGCCGUCGAAUAUGUGAGGAGAGGGAUUUUCAUGGUAUAA